AUGUCAGAGGGAAUAUUUGUCUCUAUUAUGUUGCCUGCUUUUGUAGUGAAACACGAAAAUUAAAUUGUAUUUAUACCUACUAUUUGACAAAGAAUUAAGUCUUAAAUUAAAUACUUUGCAUCUCCUCUUAAUCAUAUGAAAUAUUUGAAAUACCAUCUAAAUUUGGCAAGGAAUUUGGAGUUAAAUUGAUAUAAAAUUGUAAUAUUAUCUGCAAAAUAAAUUAGCAUUAAAUCUUCGAGAUAUUGAAGAAUUAAUAGAAGAAAAUAAAUAACUUCAUGCAUCUUAUCAAAAAUGUAAAGAAUGCUUGUAAACUCUAAACUGUGAAUUUGAAAAAAUAGUAAAUGAUCCCCUGAUUCAAUCAGAAUCUGAAAAAAUAAAAUAUCAAACAAAAAAGCUUAAAAAAGUAAAGGAGGAAAAUAAAAGACUUCGAUAACUUUUAAAGUGAUAAAUUUAUGAAUAUAUAGAUCCUAUCUUGACAACAGUGACAAUAGAAGAAUGGAAACACAUGCGAAAGUAGAGUUGCUUAAGGAGGAACUUAAUUCAUUAGUAAAAGUAAAAUUUACUAUCGUUAUCAUAAGGAAUUUGCUCAGCAAGAACAACAAUCGAAAUAAAAUGAUAUUUUAAUAUCAAAUUGA